AAGAACGCGGAGACGUCACAUGGAGGGAUGCAACCAGCAGUAGCUGCUUCACCACUAAUCACACAACAUUAACAUAACUAGCUAGUGCAAGCUAACACAGCCUGCUACUUAACCCGCCUUUGAUUUAUCAUACAUCCGCAAUUGAAAAUCGGCGAGAAACAAACGCGAGAUUCAUAGACAAAACGGGGAGCAACAUUACGGUCACACACAUUUGUCGUGGCCUCUUCUCGCAUUCAACUGGCAGGCUAUUUCGGUUAGCUAGCGAAGCCAACGAUAGCAAGCUCUGCCUUGGCUAGCGUCAGGCUAGCCAGCCAGCUAGCUAGCUAGCUACUAACGUCGCUAACGGUAGUUAGCUAGCUAGCGAGCUGUAGUAACUUGCGUCAUGGAUGAACUAGUCGUGGAAGUGAGGGGAACAAGUGGGGCUUUUUAUAAGGCCUUUGUGAAGGAUGUUCACGAAGGAUCAGUCACUGUGGCAUUUGAAAACAACUGGCAGCCGGAGCGUCAAAUCCCAUUCCAGGAUGUGCGUUUUCCUCCUCCAACAGGGUUCUGCAAGGAGAUCAAUGAGAGCGAUGAGGUGGAGGUAUAUUCCAGGGCUAAUGACAAGGAGCCAUGUGGAUGGUGGCUGGCCAAAGUUCGCAUGGUCAAAGGAGAGUUUUACGUAAUAGAGUACGCUGCGUGUGACGCUACAUUAAAUGAGAUAGUGACGCUGGAGCGGUUACGGCCGGUCAACCCGAACAAGCCAGCCACCAAAACCACCUUCAUCAAGAUCAGACUAGAUGUACCCGAGGAUCUACGGCAGAUGUGCUCCAAGGAAUCGGCACACAAGGACUUUAAAAAGGCUGUCGGAGCAUUCAGUGUCACCUACGACUCUGAGAAAAAGCAGCUGGUCAUUUUGUCUGUGAAUGAGGUCACUACAAAGCGGGCCAAUAUGAUGAGUGACAUGCACUUCAGGAGCCUCCGCACCAAACUGUCACUCAUUCUGAGGAACGAAGAGGCCAACAGACAACUGGAGAGUUCCAGACAGCUGGCGUCACGGUUUCAUGAGCAGUUUGCGGUUCGGGAUGAUCUGAUGGGUCUGGCCAUCGGUACUCACGGGGCCAACAUACAGCAAGCGCGUAAAGUUCCCGGAGUCACUAACAUAGACCUGGACGAGGAGACCUGCACCUUUCACAUAUAUGGAGAGGACCAGGAUGCUGUCCGUAUAGCAAGGAGUUUCCUGGAGUUCUCUGAAGACGUUAUCAAAGUUCCCCGGAACUUAGUAGGGAAGGUAAUUGGCAAAAACGGCAAACUGAUCCAGGAAGUGGUUGACAAGUCUGGCGUGGUUCGGGUUCGCAUUGAGCCUGAGAAUGACAAAAAGCCCACAGCAGCAGCAGCGGCAGCAGCAGACGAGGGAAUGGUGCCGUUUGUAUUUGUGGGGACCAAGGAAAGCAUCUCCAAUGCUACAGUACUGCUGGACUAUCACCUCAACUAUCUUAAAGAGGUGGAUCAGCUGCGUCUGGAGCGUCUUCAGAUCGACGAGCAGCUGAGGCAGAUAGGAGGGGGAGGUGGAGGAGGAGGGACGGGCCCCCGAACCCUUAAAGACAAAACCUACGUGUUCGAUAACGGCAUGGGGCUGGGGAUGGGGAGAGGAGCAGGCGGAGGAGGAGGGAAGCCCUACGGAGGAGGGGGAGGAAGAGGCAGAGGGCGAAGAGGAGGAGGUGCAGCUUUUGCCUCAGGCACCAACUCGGAGGCAUCCAACGCUUCAGAGACAGAGUCAGACCACAGAGACGAGCUCAGCGAUUGGUCGCUGGCCCCCACCGAGGAGCUGAUGACGGGAGGCGGGACCCUGCCCAGACGGACAGAUGGGAGGAAGAGAGCUGGCGGAGGGGGGCCGCGGGGACGAGGAGGAAGAGGAAGAGGAGGGUAUAAAGGUGACGACAUGCAGUGGAGUGAGCCGAGACCUCGUCAUGUCAGAGACCCCAAGACAAGAGCGCAAGAGGACACUCUACAGAUCCGUGUGGAUGGUAACAACGAGCGUAGCGUGCAGCACUCCUCGGGCGGACGAGGAGGAGGAGGAGGGCCUUCCUCAUCCCAGGGUGGCGUCAGCGCCGGCGGUGAGGGCCCGUCUCGCCAUCACCACCAGAGACCCAUCAGAGACCGAGGGAUGAAGAAGGACAAACAGGACGCUCCUCCGCUGGUGAACGGAGUGUCGUAGACCCGCCACUGGAGGACCUUCUCACGUAGACACACACAGGCAACUCGUCAUAAACCAUCGUAGAGUCUCUCUCGCUUUUUUUCUUUCUGUCUUUGUCAUGAAUACACAUAUUCCAUCAGCAAGGAAGAGUUUACCGUAGUGAAGUCAUAGACCAGAGGCAAUCUGGCACCUGCUGGUCGGCUCUGUUAAGCUCUUUGAGCAGACUGGUCUGGUUUGAUCCUCUGUUCUUUUCUGGAGUGACAGAUAAAAGAACAUUUUUGGACAAAAGGAAAAGAAGAGGAGGGAUUUGACUAAAGCUCAUCUCUCACAGCGGCAUAAACCCCAAACAUGCUCCCCAUCCCAUCAAAGGCAAAUAAUUUGAGGGUUUCUUUUUUUUUUCCCACUGACUCAUUUGGACUUUAUCACACCAGAAAAAAUGAAAUCAAGGGAAUUACUGGUUGACAAGGAAAAAGAGAUGUUAAACCACUUCAGUCAGCAGGAUGAAAUAUGAGUCCCCUCCCUCCUCCUGCUAAACCUAAAACAUAUUUUUACUGCAGGUGUUUAUUGUAGAGACCUGAUCGUGCACGGUUUUUGGGGGUCAUUGUUUCCCCACAGGUUGAGAAUUUAUUUUGGUGUUCUAAAGUUCCAAAAUUCAACACUUGGGUGUCAGCGGCAACACAACAUUACAUUUAUAAUAUACUGUAACCAUAGUGAGUAAUUUAGCAUCUUUCAGGUGCAUCUCCAGAGAGACUUUUGAGCUCAGUUCAAACAAACAAACAUCUUUUUCAAGUCUGUUUAGGAAACACACAGAGCUUUCAGGCUGAGAGGAGGUGUUUUGGGUUUUUUUUUUUUUUGGAUAGUAAUUUGAAUCCUUCUCAGCAUAUUGAUGUGUGAGAAAGUAAAACCUGGAUUUGGGUCCACAUUUUUGGGUGAAAUGCAAACAGGUAUGCAUGGGAAACUAAAUUGCCAACGAUUAUGUAUCUCAUGAUUUAAGUCAUCUGUAUUUUGUUUCCUGUUGCCAAAAUAAUGUAAAAUUCCCUCAGUCUUUUGGACCGUCAGACCAAGCAUGAAUUCGACGGCGUAUUAGACAUACCAAUGGGGAAACAUAAAUCUGAGGCACUCCUAAGAGUCUUUACACGGGACAAAACAACAUGCACUUAUCCAAAAUGAACAGACCAGGACACACGACUAGGCCAACAGUGACUUGGAAUUCACAUUAAAUGCAAGACUUGAACAGUGCAUAAGCACAACUGAAGCAUUAAAUCCAUUCAAACCCCAACAACCAUCUCUGCACUCAGAACCAUCUGUCUGUUAAAGCGACCGGCUUAACUGUCUUCAGCGGGCUGACUAAUAUCAGAAAUUUACUCUACGAAAUCAGUCAGUGAAAGUCCAGUUUGUAGGAUUUAGAGGGAUAAAUAUGUAGAAAUGGAAUUAAAUAUUCAUAACUUUCACUAGAACUAAGAAUCGUGUUUUUGUUAGCUUAAAAUUGGGGAUGCAGGAUAUAGGAUUUUUUUGCCAAUAUCCGAUAUGCUGAGAUAUAACAACUAAAUUUACUGAUAAACAAUAGCGAUGUCAACUGAAUAUGCACUUUUUAACCACCUAAUUUUAGAGAUCAUCGAGUCUCUUCUGUAGUGGAAUUGACAUCAAAUUAUGCAUACUCUUGUGGUGGCCCACAGGCAGAUGGAGACUUAAAAUACAGUGCUUUUCAAUGUAUGUAAUAUUCAUUGUAUGUAAUUCUUAAACUUAGGGUUGGUUUUUUGUACAUGUUCUCUAUAAAUCAAAAAAGCAAUAUAUAGGUUUGUUAUAUCAGCAGAAAUCAGCAUGUUGUCCGAUUCUGAUGUUUAAUUUUAAAGCCAGUAUCUGCCGAUACCGAUUACAUGUUGAUAUUAUGGUGCAUCCCUACUUAGAAUGAGUCAUUUAUAUCUUUAUACGGAGUGGUCCUCUUCCACGAAGUCCACCAUGUUAUUUCUACAGUAUCCCAAAAGAGACAAACCAAACACUGCCUCCAGACAAGGCCAUUCACGUUUUCGCAUCGUCCAUCGUAUUUCUACACAUUUGACACAGGCGAAGUUUCAGUUGGCUGUAAUCUGCAACCCCACCACUAGAUGACACUAAAUCCUACACACUGGACCUUUACAUGGGCAGCAUGAAAAUUAAAGUAUUAAAUUAAAAAGUAUUUCUUAUUCAUCAGUUCAUUGGCUCUGGUUCCACACACAUAUUUUGUCUUUCCAUGGUGAUGCCAGAAAGCUCACAAUGAGCAUUACAGAUACUGAUCAUUUGUACAGAACAUAUAAAAAGCAGUUUUGUGUGAUUCUGUCAGCCGUCUGUGGGAACAUCACUGCUCACAGGGCACCAGAUGGGAAAAAAUGACAUAGGAGUCUUGGGAUGAUGUGUGUUUUGUGUGGAUUGGCCUUGACACUUUGUGAAAUCACACCAAAAACUUAGUAGCUACUGUAAAUCUCAACACUGAUAUUUUAAAUUUAGGACACAAUGGCCAGAGACAAGUAAAACCUGUAUAUUCACAAUACAAAAGAAAAAGUGGCUCAAGCCUUGACUAAAUUAUUCUCCCAAUAGUCAUUCAUCUCAUUGGUUAAAGAGCUGUCAGGAUCCCACACCUGCACCUGACCAAUGAGAGCCUUUUAACCUCUGCAGUGGGAUAUUUCACAGUGAGGGCUCAGGCUGUAAGAUACACUUACUCUGGCUAAUUCCACUCAAAUGGAACAAAACAUUCUUGGAUGGACACCAGGGAAAUUAGUACGGUUAACUUUUGCUUUCAGACAAACCUGAUGAGGAUCAAGACGGCUACAUUGUGAAUGUAGAACUCCCGUCGCCUGAUCACAUGAGCUCUUCUUUAAUUUAUAAAAACCUUUGUAUUUAACCUUUUUUUUGUUUUGCAGUUAGGAAACCUGUUUGAAGUAUUACUGUAAAAGAAACCUUUCGUUGAGUUAUAUCUUGACAAAAUAAAAAUUUGCUGUAAGUUUUAUUCUUCCUGGUUUUCCAACUUAUUCUGGGCCCAUAUUACAUUUUUUAUAUUAAUCUUAUAGAUUUUUGUUAUUUCCUGAUGGCUGCAUUUUUUAAGUGGUAGGGAAGAUGACGAUGUCAAACUUCUAACCUUAAACGUACUUUAUUAGAUCAAGUUGUAAUCUUUAUUAAAAUACAAUUCCAGGUCUUGUUCUGCAACCAUCCAUGAAGGGUGCAAUGCAUUUUUUAAUAUGCAUGAUUUGAAUUGUGCAUUGCUCUGGUUUUUGCUUUUAAAUAGCAGGACUGUGCAUGUCACCUGAGAAAAUAAAAGUAAAAUCGAGGUUUAGUGAAACCACUCUAAGCCAGAGUAUAAAAUCAGGUUAGAGGUUUUCAUCCACAAGUCCAGUCUGCCGCUAAAAUUAGUGCCUUGGAUGUAUGCUUCUCCAUUUCUGUGAAUUUGAUCCAUGAAAAGCACCUGACUGCUCUGAACAGAUCAAACUUUUUUUUAUUCUGUAUGUCUAAACCCACCGUAACACCCCUUCUGUCUGUUUUUUAGGACAUAAAUGUUUCUUGCAUGGGUGAUUCUCUGACCUUAUAUACAUUUUUAAGUAUGAUUUUGGGGAGGCCCAAUGGUGUACGAUGUACAGAUCCAGUCUUUGACUGUUCCAAAGUCCUCUGCCUCUGUGACACACCAACGCAGAGUCAAACAAUAAGAGACGCUCAUCACCUAAUAGCUGAAAGUGACAGCACAGGUGUUCUGACAUAAAAGGGACAUCAGACAAAACAUGUUGACUUCAAGCUCUUCAUCUCAAGGUUCCAACCUCGUGUUUUAUCAUCAUCAUCACCAUCAAAAUAUAUAGAAAACACUUAAGGUGGCACAAAGGCCUUUGAAGAUCAUGUACACUCUCAUUUGUCCCAAAUUGCACCCUAGAUUCAAACUGAGUGCAGUAACUUGGACGGGUUAGUGUAGAAAGUUCUUGUGGGUUUAUUGAAGUGAGAUUGAUAAUAGCAUUAGUAAGAAUUUUAAAAGAACUGUUGGGAAAUGUGAGAAAGUCACUGUAAAACAAAAAGUAAAGCAAAAAAAAUCUUGAAGUUUCUCUGUGCAUACGUGGGCUUAUUGUCUUUGCGUUAAAAAAAAAAAAAGGACUCUUAAGUAUCCAGCACAAUAAUUGGACUAGUAGGACUAGGUUAAAUCUACGCAUUGAAUCAAUACAGGACUUGUUUAAGAGUAACCUUGUAAAGUUGGCCUUUAAAUUUAACUUUCCUCUUUGUGGUGCUCUCAAAGGUUUAUUUUGAAAUUUUUGGAAAUACACUUUUUCGUAUUCUUGCAAAAAGUUAGAUGAGAAGAUUGAAUCCAACGCACUGUUGGAUUUUUUGCCAAUAUCCUCCAUAUAACUCAUUGGCUGAUACAGAUAUCAAUACAUCCACUUUUUUUCCCACCUAAUGUUCAUGAUCAUCAGGUCUCUUCUGUAAUUGAAUUAAGAUCAUACUUUGCAUACUCAGAUAAAGACGUAAAAUACAAUGCUUUUCAGUGUAUGUAAUAUUCAUUGAUUGUGCAAAAUAAGAAAAAUACUUCAACUUAGGGCUGAUGUUUCCUACAUGUUCUCUUUGUCAAUUAAAAAAAAAAUUGGUGUUAUCGGCAGAAAUCAGCAUGUUAGCAGAUUCUGAUAUUUCAUUUUAAAGCCAUUAUCUGCUGAUACCAAUGACGUGCCAAUAUUAUUGUGUAUUUCCAGAUUGAUACCACAUUGUUUACACAUAAAAAUGAGAGUCGUAUCGAUCUUCUCAUUGAAUGUCUAUGAGAAAGCGAAUUUCCCCAAAAUGUUGAACUAUUCCUCUUAAAAAGCAUGUUAGCUCAUGGGCACAGCAUAUUACUUUACAAAACAAAAAUCAACUUUUAACCAGACAGACACAAAAAAAUACUAGACUUCAAAACAGUGAGUGUUCCCCAUUUUCAUCAGAUGAUGUGGUAGAAACAGUUAUACAUAUUUAUGCAUAAUGUACGCUGAAUUAUUGGCUAGAAAGCUGCAAAUGCGCAGAGAAACCUCACCAUAUUUUAUGUGACAUGUGCCUUUCAAUUGUGGCUAGUAUCACAACCUAGACAUGUAAAUCAGGGAUGAUGAGACGUUCAUAACGGACCAGAUGUGUAAAGAUGGCUACUUCCUGCCGUGGCAUCAUUGAUUCACUGCGGGUCGUUGCUGGCAAAGCCGAGCAUUUCUGAGCUUCCUUUAAACUCAAAGGGUGGGUGUUAAUUGCACCAGGACACUACCUGCUUUAACCACCUGAUCCUUUUAAAACACUCAAAGGGUGUUGUAUCCUUGUACAGUCGAUUAACAUAAGCCCGUAGCUUCUGACCUGGUUCAACUGAUCUGUGAAGUGGAUUCAGUUACUUUUGUAGACCAAUGCAGUUCAAGACCUUAAGUGGCUACUUUGGCUCAGUUCCAAAGUCAAAGGCCGCCAUUUCUCCACACAAACCCCCUCUUAAAAUUUUACCUCGAGAUGCAAAAUGAUGUGAUCCAGGGUAACUUAAUUACCUGUCUCUCUUUUUUCUCUCGGAACGUAACUAAUGAAGUAACCAAAAAGUUGUCAGAGGUUGAGCCAGGUCUUAUCUUUUACCAGAGAUCAGUGUACCUUUCUAGUCUUGCAAUGCAUGUACAUCUUUAUUAUGGACGUUAGAGACUUUCAGUAGGUUCGGACACGUGUUUUAGAAAGGCAGUUUAGUUUUUGGGGUUUUUUUUAUCAGUGUUACUUUGUCCCAUUUCUCCUUGACCUGAGUUCAGUUGGAGUAGCCAGUGAUGAGUUCUGACAACCAUCAACUCAGUCAGUGACACAUGGGGAACUUUUACCUUUUAGAAAAUGUCACAAGAAACAGUUAUGUAACAUGAGUAUUGAAUCACGAAACAGGCUUUUUUUUUUAAAGUUCAUCUUUUUCUUUUCUGAAAAGUAUUAUUGGUGUCCAUUUCUCUCUCACAGAUCUGUUAGGACCUUUGCUUUCACUUGCCGUUCAUGCUGCAGCCAUGUUGCGUUUUUACUCCGAUAAGCAUUCUCUGCAGUGCAUCGACAAAUGUCUCAAAAGUUAACCUCUAUAUUGUCAAUAGAGCAUCAACAGUAUGGAGUUGCUUUGUAUUGUUUAAAAAAAAAAGUGGUGGAAAAAAGAAGGGCGGGUGGCAUACUGUAUAUAAUGAUGUCAUUAUUUGUCUGAGAAAAGAUUUGUACUAUUGUUUCAAAUGUGCACUUAUCCUGAUAUUUUCUUCUUUUUUUUUUUGCUGUUUAAUAUCAGUCAGAUGCUAGAGCUCUUGAUAAUAAACUAAAUGAUGUGUGAAAAAAAAUAGUAUCCUCUAUAGCAGGGUUGAGUCACACACAGCUGUCAUUAAUAAUGAAAUGUCCAUAGUGCUGCAGAACUUAAAACGUAGUGUGACAUUACUGACAGAGGAGGAGUUUGUUUUAUAUUUGACAAGGAAAAUCCACCCUAAAACUAAAUUCAUGAAUGAAAACUCACUAAUUUUUGCAUCGGGUUAUGCACAGUAGUUUUUGUUUUUUUCCUAGUCAGGGUGCUGUGCAGUGUACUUUGGGGGACAUUUCAGUCACCAGAUUUUGCUGCGAAGUGAGUGCUCUUGACUUUUACACUGCUCUUUGAUACAGUCUACAGUGGACAUGCAGGCAGUGACACAGAGGAGUAUAGAGGACGGUCCUGCUCAGAAGUGGUGAAUUUACAGCUGACGACAGCUUAAUACGACACAGCCUCUGGCUUUAAUUUUUGCUAUCUAGUGUCAUAAAAAAUGUUGUUACACAUUUCCGAUCCGAUGUUACUACCGUUAGCUUUUACUAUAUUACAUGAAUGCCGCUGUCACACUGAACAUCCAACGGAGCCCGUUCAAACUUUAAAAUAUUGUAUGAAAACAAAACAAAUCCUAAUCAUAUUGAAUAGCCAAAUCCAAUUUGACUGGCAUUUAAUUCUAAGUUGGGGACAGCCCAGAAAAAUGCACUCAGCAGUUCACUUACUAACCUUCUCAAGCGCUUUCAAACACAUCUCAUGAUCUGUCGUGAAAUCUUUGGUCAUGAAACACAACCCUAUCACAUGUUCUGUUCAUAGGUGCAUGGAUGUAUAAAGACAAUUGGAUACAGCUUUGGAGGCAAGGUAGCGUUCAUUGUAGUAAGAGUUGCUCAAUGGCGCAUGAAGCCAAAAAUUUUUGACGUCCCAGGUAUAAAAUUUCUCAGGUCUUCUGCAUUGUUGGGCUCAUAAAAGUAGCCAACUUUCAGUUUAUCCCUUCACUAAAUUGUUAUUGGACUGAAUGGAUCAAAUCCCAAUAAUGAAACGAGUCAUUUUGGGUGGGCUCAAAAAUGUAUCCACUGAUUACCAUAUUAUAUUAUUCAUAAUUUGGGAUAUGAGGAAAAUCUUACAGAGCCAGUUCAUCACCUGACAGACCCAGAAGUUGUAAUUUAACGGUUUGUCCACUAUGUCAGAUUGGCUUAUAGCCUCCUGGGGGCUUGCUUAGGUCAUGUAGAGGAAGAUCAUGUGGUACAGUUGAAAGCUCUAAAAAAUAAGCUAGUAAGUGGACUUUGAGUCAACAUGUUUUCUUUUAAGUUUCGGUUGGAAACUCAUUCUCCUGGCACCCUGUUACACUCAGACACUAAAGUGGUAUCCAUUUUGACCUCUAACUCUGUAUAUUCUAAAGUAACAAUUCUUUAAACAUCAAUAAGAAAGCAUGUAUUGGUCAUUCCUCUUGCAUGUAACACACUACAGCUUUGGGGAAGGUUAGCCUCUUACAGUAACUGAAGUAACUUAAGUGAAUAAUGUUUUAUGGUGGAUUUUCUCUUUAAUUUUGGGGUACAAAGGUGUCUUGUACAUUUGGUCAUUCCCUGGACUUGUCAUCUCUCAUGUAUAGAGACCCAGCUUGUUUUUUCCUUAAGUCAUCACAGGUCUAGAUAAUGACAGACCUGUGAUAAUGACAUUAACAUUUUAUUACUCUUUUUGACUAGUAUAAAAUUUUCAUAAGGUUAAGCCAACGAGGUGCUGGUGGUGAGACUUGCGUCCCAAAAGCGGGUUCCUCUUGAAUUGACAAAAAGAACCACAUGCAAGUUUAAGCAUUGGGAAGGUGUUACAGACCUUAGAGCUACUGCUGAGUCUACAGAGGUUCAACCCUCAACAUCGGCUCUGUUGUGUCACACCAGAGACAAUGAAUUUCUUUGCAUUUGUGGCUGCUUCAACCUGCUUGUUGGUGUAUUUUAUUGUGCCUCCAAACACCAGGUUUAGAGUGUAUGCGAGACUUGUUUAACAGCUGGUUUUGAACCAACAGAAGCAGUUUAAUGGAUUUUUUCAUGCUUUGGUUUGAUUUUUAUCGGGAUUACUAACAAGCUGUAAUGCUAGGACAAGACUUGUACAAUAGUGGAAAAUGUAAAUUGAAAAAAGAUAAGGGAGGAGUGUUGCAUGCUGACCAGUUGGGGUCAAUGAAGAACUGGUGCUAAUGAAGCAUUUCUACAAUGGGGAUUUUAAUUGAGUCUCCUGUAACUGACUGGUUAUGACAUGAUUAUCAAAUCCUGCUGUUUUCCAGAGGCCUGCCAUGGAAACAACUAACAUUAAUAUGAUUAUGGUAGAGAUCAUGACAGAAAAGUCAAUGUAGCGUCUGUAGUCUGGUUUCUAGCUUUCUAAAAACAUUGCAAAUGUUAUAUGGAAAGUUGGCGAGGAAACAUACACCGACAACACCAUUUGGGAUCCCAAAUCAAAGUUUACGACAAGAAACAGCAUGUGCACAUUUAAUUCCCAGGAUUGUGCUGUGUACAUUUUGACUCAUCCUGACAAUAUAAGGUGUCAUAUGGGAUACCCAAUGGCACUAUGAAGAACACUGCUGAGGACAUCCACUUUUUGCAGGUGUACUGUUCUUCAGAUGCUACUCAGUUGCACUAUCUUGUGUUUGUUUUGGCAUGAUACUGUCCUUAAACACAGUCCUCUGUCUCCAGUACAUUAGAACAGUAACAUAUAAUUUGGUACCGAUUAAGUGUAACAGCACUACCAAAACCAUUCAAUACUUUAAGGUGAAUUUUGAAUGAGCGAUGCUUCUUUAAAAUAAUGAUUCACUGUUAACUCACAGUCAUAUGUUUUGGCAGCUGUUCACAUAAUGAAAACUUUCAUGUCAAUUGACAAUGAUAGUUGUAGGAUUGUUCACUGUUUUUCUUAUGAUAUGUUUAUUACUAAGGGUGUUUUCCAGCAAAAUAAGGGAUAGUAGGUUUUCUUGAUAUCUGGUUGUUGUGAUUGUGUGCUGUUCUAAUGUUCUGGUGAACAGAGUGUAUCUUUUACCCAUGAUCCAGUGGGUUGCAGAAGGGGAAUGCUAGUGAUAUGCAUUUUGCUUGAAUGUUGAUCAUUCUUAAUCUGCCCCAAGGAAUGCUCAAAUUUGAACAAGGCAUUUGACUGAAUAGACCAAUUUUUACUCUUUAAACAACAACACUGUGUUGUGUUUUUCUUGCUAAUAUGGUCAGAUGGCCUAACUGUAGGUGCAACUUUGCCACCAUCCUUGAUUUUGACUUGAUAUCCCAGAAGAUACUGUGUAUGUCAAACAUACAGCGAUAAUGCAGACAGCACAAGAAUUUGAAUUGGAGAGUCCCAAUCCUUCUAAAUGUAAGAGUCCCAUGUGACCAUUUUGCAUCCCUUCCUCACUAAGCCUUUUGUCCAGUUGGGGUUGCAACAUGAGCAGAAUGUAUAUAACAUUAACAAAUACUAACUAGACACGUUGUGGGCUGUUUAACAGUAUAGUGCCAGAAAGUGAAGACAUGCAGAGAAUCUGUAGAUACUUAAACCAGGGUAGUCAAAAAAGCUGUAAACCUCGUGUGCACUUUUGGGCAUUUUUUUUUCCUUUUGUACAUACUACUAGCAUUUAAGAUGUUUGGGUUGACAUGUCUGGUUAUAGUGCAAUAUAUUUUGUAUGCAAGCAGUUUCAAUAAAUAAAGGUCGAUCUUCCUCCGU